AUGCAUCGUCAAGCCCAAGUGGGAAAGAUGGGUGAAGACCGUGGAACUGGACUUCAUCUGGGAGGAACAGUUCCCGAGGCGGAGGAGUCCGUGGGCUCGACGGGAUUCGGUCCGGAGGUAAAACGGGGACGCUGGAGGCCGGAGGGUGAACAAUGGGGAAGCGGUCAGGAAUGCGGACGAGGGCAGAUCGAGCAUCCAGCAGACUUGACUCACCGACUGAAACACAGCGUGCUAUUGUUGGUCGCUACCAGCAGCGCCCACCCGGGUAAUUGUCAGCGUGGAGGCUGCUUCGUCAUGCGCCAACUCGCGCCCGCGGUCACGAACAUGGUGUACUCACUACGCAGACCAGAGUACCCCAAACCUACACGCGAAUCGGUCCGGCAUAGUAUGCUCCUUGCGAAUGUCCGCACCAUUCCCCGUACACACCUUGUCGCCGCAGGACAGCGGCGCAGCGUCUUGACUCCGCCAGUCCACCGAUGCAUUUCCUUCGUAUCUCCCGCACACGUCGCUGUCCUCGAUGAAUGGAUCCGCGCUGAGAAGAGACUCACGCUCGCCGACGCGCUUCACGCCGAGCAUUUGUCUGAUCUCUAUGUCACCCUGCCGACGCGCGACGGGUCCCUCAGAUCGCCCGAGCAACCCAAAGAAGGUACACCCCUGGGCUAUGGCCACCAUUUAGUAUUCUUCCAUCCACGGAACCCCGAGCAUGCGCUACGUCCGGAUGGGACAGACCAGGACUUCUGUCCGCCAGAGCCAUGGACGCGACGCAUGUGGGCGGGCGGCCGCAUGGAAUGGAAGGGGCCCCUUCUGGUUGGUCAAAAUGCCACCGCGACGUCCACAAUUAGUUCUGUGGCUAAGAAGGGCUUCGAGAAAGGCAACCCGAUGGUAUUCGUACAACAAAAUAUCACGUACCGCGCAGAAGGUAACGCGGCCGUCGCGAUCGAGGAGGAAAGAUCGCAUGUGUAUCUCGCCGCUCCAGGGAAUCGCCGGACGACCAAGACGGUCCCAGAUCUGCCUGUCAAAGCGGAUCUAUACUUGCGGUACCUGCCUAGCGCCACAACGCUCUUCCGAUUUUCUGCAUUGACUUUCAACGGUCACUAUAUCCACCUCGAUAGAGAGUACGCACAGACAUCCGAGGGAUAUCCCGAGAGGCUCGUGCACGGGCCACUGACGGCUCUAAUGCUACUUGAAGCGUACGCGAUGCAGUGGCCAUCUGUGGCAAUCAAAUCCUUCACUUACCGCGCCAUAAAUCCGCUGAUUGUCAACAAGCCUAUUUCGAUAUAUGGAGCAGAGCAGGGCAACGCAAUGAUGUACGUGUGGGCAGAGGAUACUGAGACGAAGGUCGUCGGCAUGGUGGGAACAAUCACUACAUAG